UAUGAACCAAACAGAUUGAAAUCCCAGAAGUGAUAACACAUACAUUUCUGGAGACGGCUAAUUUCCCUUUGGGCAGUCUAAUGCCUAUAUAGGAUUAAGGCUUGGGACACCGAAGUUUGAUCUUAUAGGGCCUGCUGGUUCACACAGAGAGCACAAAGCCAGUCAGUGUCUUCAGUUUGUUUCCCUGCCUAGAAAAUAGUCUCUGAAAAUAACUCCUUACAAAUUAUCAGCCUGCUCUGUGCCCAGUGAGAGUUGGAAGAGAAACUGCCUCAUGCUCGGUUCAUUUGCCUUAAAAACAAAACAAACAGCCCGAGAUAAACACAGACCCACGCCUUGGACGCGUGUGUGGGGUGUGUUUGUAAAUGCUUGUUAUAUGAACUAAUUUCAUCAACUUUAAAAAUCCUAAUCAGUCUGUGCCGGCUGGCACAGGCGCUUAACCGCGGCUGUUUUGAAGCUAAGGCUUCUCAAAUUCGAGGCCAGCCCGAGCUUUUUAGCAAGACUGUCCCAAAGUAAAUAAUCAGUUUUUUAAAAAUAAAACAUGCAUCUGAGAAACAAAAAUUCUGGAGAGCAUAUAGGACUUCAAAAGGACAAGUUCGUGUCUUUCCAAACCCAGUCAGUCCCAAACUGUUGCCCCAUCGUGGAUGGAAAUCCACUCUCCCCUUUAAAAGCAGGGAUGAAGCCACGGUGCCCGCUGCUCCUCCAGCCAAGCCGCCUGCGCUCCGGGCCGCCUCCUCCUUCCCCUGCUGCCGCGGGUCGCCGCGGGGAAGGUGCCUGCGGGCCACACGGCGUCGCCACUUUCCUGUGUUACCAAAGAUCGCGAUCUUUAGGCUUCUUUGAGAAACAAAUGAAAUAAAUCGAAGGGAACCGAAGAAACAGAGCGAGGCUCUUUCCCGGGGCGGGAGCCGGCGCGAGGAUGCGUCCAGCGCGGGAUCUGCGGGCUCCGCGCCCGAGCCCGAGCCGCCCGUGUCAGCUGCGCCCGCGGGGAGAGGCGGCGGCGCAGCGGGGUCACCGGGAAUUAGCGCGCCGGGCUGGGGCGAGGGAUCGCCGCGGGGCCAGAGUUCGGGGCGGGAUUAGCAGGUUCAAAAGCAGGUCAGGGAGAGCUGGAGCUAAGUGUGGCGGCGAGGUCAAGGUUCCCGGAGAGGCGGGCUCGGGCCGCGCGGAGCCGCAGCGCCGAUCGCGGUGGCCGGGGCGCCCGGGGAGCCGCGUCCCCGGAGAGCGAGCGCGCGGAGGGCUCGACCCGGGUCUCGGGCCCGCCCGGGCUGCGCGCUCCGGCGGCCGCGGGCCAGGGACAUCGCCCAGCCUGGGCCUUGGCCGAGGCCGAGCGGGCGGCGAGGUGACCCCCAGGGCGAAUCCGAGACGGUGGCAAAGAAAGUGUGCGAGCUCCAGGCUCGGGCUUGCGGACGGACAGAUCAGUGUUUACGGACUGGUCUCCCGGUUAAAAAUCAACUUCCUUAAUUUUUACACCACCUUCUGGCAAAGUAAAGCAUCUCUUAGGCAAGCAAACGUUCCAAUAAAAGACACCAGACUGCAAAGGAGGGUUUUUGUUUUUGCAUUUUUUGUUGAUUCUUUUGGGUCAAGAGCACGUCUCUCCCUUCCCCUGGCAUCGUGAUCUCCCUGAGGGACAACACUGGGACUGUGGCACCAUUUGUGUGCAAAGGGUCGUGACCCAGUCCCCAACGCUCUGUGCGUCUGUGGGGUGCGGAGGGGGAAUCUUCGCGGGCAGCCCAGCGGGACGAGCUUUUUCCUAGAGGGAAGUGAGUCGCAGUCUGCAUGCCCACCACGCUUUUUAGGACAGUUUCUUCCUCUGUUCCUUGAGCUUUUGCUUCCUGUCUUUCAGAAGUCUUGGAUACCCAAGGAGAACUUGGGGGUACUGUAGGACAUGCUGUGUGUGCUCCACUCUGAAGUCCCCACCAAGGUGAAUGAUUUAAGAAAAAAACUGAAAGGCAGAUGGAUAGAAGAGCGCUCUCAGGGCCUCUGGGUGGCGGUGGCCCCGCCCCGUCGCCAUCUCCGCGUCCCCAAGCCCGGUCCUUCCUCCCCAGGGACUCGCCUCUCCCUUCCCUGGUGUCAGCCUCGGCCUUCCCAAGGUUGCUGCCCGGGAAAGUGGACCCGUGGUGCAUGGCCGUGCGGCUCAGCCUCUCCAACCUCCAGGGCGUGUGCAAUGGGCCAGGCUGGUUUUAAGGAAGACCCAAGAGUCCACCUCUCUAGGGGCGAAGUUUGCAAAUUUCGGGGGACAAGGUGACGGGAGAAGGCUGGGCGGACGCGGGGACGGCAAGAAGGGAAGCAGCAGGGAAGAGACGGAAGCCAGGCGAGAAAUGGAAGAAGGCGCCAAGUGUGUGGGCGACGAGGACUGCAGAGCUGGGGUCCGGGGAAAGGGGGGCCGCCGAGUGGGCAGGGGCGGGGCCGGAAACCCGGAGGCCGCGCGCCACCCAAACAAAGCGCCGCCCGGCUGCGGCUCCCCCUCCCGCAGGUCUCCAGAAUCCGUCUGUUAAGUGGGUCUUGCUGGGGAUUUGGAGGUGACUAACGGGGAAACUGUGACAAAGGGACUGAUGGCGGGAGAAAAGUCAUUCAUUCAACCUCUGGAUCCGUCCAGCCUGACCUGGGUGGCCGUCAGCGAAUUGAUGCGUCGUGAGGGGGCCCUUUUACAUCCUUCGGUCCAAGUGGACUUGGUGACUGUGGCUUUGCGUGGAUCAAACCUGGAACUGCCACUCUCGGGCCUCAGUCCUCACUUGCUGGUCUGAUUGCUAGCAAUCCCCCCAUUAGGAAUGCAUUCCUCUGGAUACACCCCCCCACCCCCGUUUUAAAACCGUAUAAACAAUGUGGAGACUCCUCUUAAGGCUGCCGCUUCCGACCGCUGUUUAUAUAUUUAAAGCAAUGUUAGAAUUAAAAGCAGAACAAAUACCAGGAUUCUCUCUCCCAAAGACCUCUUCAGUCAUUUUUUACGUGCUUCCUGAUUUUGCAUAGCUUUAGCCCUGGCGAUCUUGAGUUUUGUAUGCAGAUUUUUCUACGUGAGCUCGUCCCUCAAUGUUUGCUGUGUGCUAUGACCCUGAGAAAUAUACUUUUACGCGGAGGGUUAGUGUGGUAUUGUUUUACUAUAUAAUUACUUAAAUCGUUCAGUGGUCAGACAUUCCUAAGUGUUCACACAUUUUCAUUUUAAAACAACGCGCGGACCGAUAUCUUCAAAUGUACAGAUUUCUCCUUGGGGAGGAUUAUUUCCUUAGGAUCCUUAUUGGUUCAGCAGGAUAGGGGCAUUUUCACUUCUGCUAGUACAUUGCCGAACUGCUUGCUAAAGCUACUUUCACGGGCAUUUAUUUUGCAGUCAUGGGCAGAGCAUAGUGUUAGUGCGUGAUGUGAACAAUUAGUCCUUGCCUUAAAACGCUUUCUCUGCACCCCAAACCUCUUCGGAGAGAGAUGGGGAACAAAAAUUAACUGCACGAAGUGGUGACACUUGGAGAGACGGGGAAGAGGACGCGAUGGAAGCCUGAGGGCGGGAUUUCUUUUCUCCUGGAGAAAGUCAGGUGAGACUUGCCGUGAAGGUGAAGCCCAGACGCCCGACUGCGAUGGCCUGGCAGAAACCUGCGUGCAGAGGCCUCGAGGUUUCCUGGGUUGGAGAGAUGCACACUGGUGGCGAAUGCAUUUCAGAGCACCCUCCUUCCAAACAAGAUCCACCUCUGGGCCCGAGGAAGUCUUUCACCAUCCGUGUGGUAUUGAUCUGCUUGUCACUGAUCAUGGUCACCUCCAUCGUGCUGCAGGCCAUUCUCUAUCCCUGGUUUAUGGGCACCAUUUCUGAUGUAAAGGCCAAUGCCCAGUGGCUGAAAGGUCGUGUGGACAACAUCAGCAUCCUGGGUUCUGAAAUGAAGAAGGACAGCGGUGGUAUGAAGGCAGUCAGCGUUCAGAUCGAGACGGUGAACGCCAGCUUGGAUAGUGUGCAUUCUCAGAUCCUGAUACUGAAAACCAAUGUGGAGAAGGCCAGUGCACAGAUCGACAACUUAAGAAAAAAGUGGGAGGAAGCUGAUCAUUUAAACACCCAAAUUCCAGAGUUAAAAAGAGAUUUGGAUAAAGCCAGUGCUUUAAAUGGAAUGGUCCGGACACUACAGAGCAGGUUGGACAAUAUCAACAAAUCUCUCAGACAACAACGUGACAUCCUGCAGAUGGUUUCCCAAGGCUGGGAAUUCUUCAAGGACAACUUCUAUUACUUUUCUCGAAUCUCAAAGACCUGGUACAGUGCCGAGCAAUUCUGUGUGUCUAGGGACUCACAUCUGACUUCAGUUACCUCCCAGAAUGAGCAGGAGUUUCUGUACAAGACAGCAGGUGGACUGCCACACUGGAUCGGCCUGACCAAGGCAGGGAGUGAAGGGGACUGGUACUGGGUGGAUGAUACUCCAUUCAAUAAGGACAGUGUAAGGUUCUGGCUACCAGGUGAGCCCAACAAUGUGGGGAACAGUGAACACUGUGCCAAUAUAAAGGUGUCCUCGCUCCGGUCCUGGAAUGAUGAUUCCUGUGACAUUAAGUUAUUUUUCAUCUGUAAGCGGCCCUACAUUCAAUCUGAACCAUGAUGGCUUGUCCUCAGGUUUACCCUGUAAGCUCCAGUGCUGGUUAAACUUGAGGAAAUGUCCUCAGUGUCCUUCUUCGCACUCUAGAAUGACUUUGUACCUUAAUUUUGCUUGCUUCAAAAUUGUCCUCAAAUGUGCGUUGGAGGUCAUCUACUUUGGAAAUUCUUUGACCCUAUAGGUCUGCUGGAAUGGGAAGAAGAACUUGGGUUAAAUGGAAGAGGAAAGAGGAGAUGAUUUAGAAGUUCCUCCUGUGUUGGUGAGGUAGAUCAGCACCCCAAAAUCUGUGCUAUUACCUUGAGCUGUCCCAUACCUUUAGAGAAGUCUCAUUUGUAUCACAGAAAAGUUACAGGAAGAAAUGAUCACAUUUGAGGAAAUGGACUGAAACUUCAUAUCAUGUAUAUAUGUAUUGAAACACAUGGAUAAACAUGCAUAAUUUUUAUGUUCUUAUGCAUCAGUUAAAAAUAAAUUUUAAAAAGAACAACUUGUGAAAAAAGUUGCUUCAUAGCAAUCCAGCAAGUCUCCUGAUAGUGUGACUUAGCUCUUUUCCUGGUCGAUUACCCAGAAUUCCCACUUGCCUGCUUAGGGGUGCUACCAGCACCCCUAAGAUGGCCGUGUGUGCAGUGGGCAUAGCUCUUCCCUUUGCCGUUCUGUUCACACCACAUUCCCACUGCUCUCUCGAGCCUUGUCCUCUAAAGCCUGAAGCCCUCUUCCCUGGGGAAAGCUAAGCUGGCUCAGGUCAGGAGUUUUUUUGAAUUGUGCCAACACCCUCCAUCCCUUCUCAUUCCCCCUCACGUUCCUCCUUGGAAAGGCAGAUGCCCAGCCCUGCCUUCUGACGUCAUCAUGAUCUGGUCAGCCUCGUGUCCGACUGGUCUGCCCCCACGUCCUCUGCACGCCCCCUCUCCAGGGUUUCCUCUCCUUCUGUGCCUUGUGCAGGGGAGUACGCGUUGAGUACCAAAAAGAGUUCUUUCAAGCCUUCUUUAGGAGAAAAUGCUGCAUGGGUCAAGGCCUCCCUCGGUGAGCACUUUGUCACUGCUGGUUACUUUGGUGCAUGUGUGGAACUGACUGUCUGCUUCACUGGACGUGAAAUCCUCAGUACCCUCAGGAUACAGUUGGAGGGUCAAAAACAAAGACUAGGAAUAUUCUUGCCUAGAAAUUUCAAAAUAUGAACAGUACUUAUUUCUAGUUUUAAUGGAAAUUAAGGAGAACAAGGUCUACAGUGCCACAGUGAUCUCUCUUUUCUGGUGUCGCUGGACAGUCUUCUGUUUCCUAGCUUUGUUCCCAAGGAGGAAGUGUAUCAGUUCCUCCUUCAUAGAGAUCUUAUUCACAGGACCCAGGUCCACAUCCUGAGGAGCAAGGAAUGCAGGAUUAAGGUCACCCCGGACAGGGAGUUAGUAGAGAGAAAGCUGGAGCGACCGCAGGGUGAGCACUGGGGUGGGCUCAGCAAAGAUGCUUUGUUAGGGUGCCUGCUAGGGCUCUGGGGAAAGGACAUUUCACUCAGAUGAGUGUGGCAAAGGGAUCAGAGCCGAGAGUGUAUGUUUAAGUGGCAUCUUUGAGCCGGACAGAGCCCCACUUAACCUCAAGCUCCUCUGCUGUCCUCACCCAGCUGAAAGGUUCCAGCCUGGCUGAUUUCCACCAUCUCUAGAUCAGCUGUGUUCCACUCAGUAUUCAACUUAAUGGCUUUCAGUUCACUGCUAGCCUGGGAAGCUAUUCAACAAAUCAGUCACAUCCUGCUGCAGGAAUGGUGUGUGUACGUGGGGUGGGGGACCUACUUCCCUUGUUAUUAUGAUUCUGACUGCACACAGCCCUUGCUGGUUUGCUCUGCUCCCAAGGGUAACUCCUUGGGGCUCUGCAUGGCACAUGGUCCUUCCUUCCCAGACUGAUGUGUGUGUGACUGGUAAACUGCUGUUAAUCUCAUCUGUCCACUGUCAUGUGUUUCCCCCAUCUGGUACUAUUUAGAGUAGAGAAUUGCUCCUUCAUCAAAGGUGAAUAGGAGGUGUUAUGGAUUAAAAACUGGUGGUCAGUUAAUGCCAGUGGAAUUAAAUCACCAUGGUACUGAGCAUAGAUGUUCCACCUGAAGAAAGUUGCCAGCAUAAAUAGAGACGUGGAGAAGGAGAGGGGAGGCGUUGUGGGUUUCACUAAGUGUUGGUGAACUGUUGAGCUUUUGGUCCCCUGGAGGAGCUCUGGUCCUCACAUUGAGCAUUGCUUCCUGGCUCCAGAGGGGAAGAUGCGUGCCACUUAACCUCUGGGACAAAUUCAACAUGCCUAGCUUCCUGGCACAUACUCAACUAUGCUUAUUGUCAGAGGAGUUUGGAGCUUCUGUGUCAUUGAGGAUAUCUGUGGUGAUUUUCAGGACAGCCCUGGUCUUUGUUUUGAGCGUGACUCAUAGAACUUUCAACCUACCAGCACAGCUCCUUCACCUAGCUGGUACAGACUUCCUAGCUUCCACCUCUGACCUUUGGGCAUUCCCUGCAUGGAUCUGUAAGAGAGACUGGCUUGAGUCCUUCUUGUAGGCUCUAGACCUCCAGUUGGACUUGUGGGAGGCAUUGUCAUGAGCUUUAGGUCUUCAUUUGGAUUC